AUGGUAUCAGAGGUUGGUGAUGUACAUGGACUGUCUUUCAGAAACAUCCCUGCUCUUAUGACAACUGCUAUUGGAGAUAUGGUUGUUGUUUCUUGGCUCUUUUUGGUUCCUCUGCUUGAGUUUGUGCUUCAAAGACAAUGUGAUGCAGCGCUCGUGUCUACAGUUCACAGGAAAUGCACGUCGAGCUUAGUAACGUGGGCUUGUGAUCCGAGUGGAGACAAUAAGGUGAUGGAACUUUGGGCCGAUCUGUUUAGGCCGGAUUCGGAAGGGCUAUUUACUGGCCUGCCCAUUCCAAGUCGGGAGUUGAGUCUUCGGAUUCGAGCGAAAGCUUGUGGUUCGGACUCUCUUAGAGUGGAGGAGACUGCGUGA